AUGUUUAUGAGAAUAUGUAACAGAAAUGGACUCCGCAAUGCUCUUUUUGCUUCAAAUUUGCUUUGUAGAAAUGUACAUGUACAUGCCCGUUCCUUAGAAAACAAAGCUUCCUUGAGCACAUUGGAAAAGCUGAAUACACAUCCAGAACGGAUGAAGUUUUUCUCUUCUAUUAUAAAUGAAACAGGUUCUUCACGAAACAUUGAUAUUGGAGACUUAAUUACCUCAAAAAGCAAUGAAGAUGAAGUACAUGAUGUUUUAAACCAAUAUGGUCAUGAUCAUAGCUUACUCACUAGUAAAUUCUUCAAAAAAGCGACCUCGGUUGCCGAGAAAAAACAAUCGGGCGAACUUGCCUCUCGUUUGCGUGAGAUUGCUGCUAAUAGCAUGAUGGCACUGAGUCCUGAAUCCAUAACCAAUCUUCUUUGGGUAUUUAUAAGAGAAAAGAACUCUUACGAUAUGAUGGCACUCGUUUCUUUUUUCCCUAAUGAAUUAUCAGUAUACAUGCAUACCUUUCGCAGACUUUUACUAACGUCUACGCGUACAGGAACAAAUGUGGAUACUUGUUAUUUUCUGGCAGAAAUAUUGUUGCCAGAUUUACUGAAAAGAAGACAUACUUAUUCAAUUGCACAGCAGCGAGAACUCCAAAAGAUUUACUACGAAUUGUUGCUAUGCUUUGCCUAUUCUUAUCAUACAAAGGGGAUGAAGUUCUUGCUUCCGAUACUAUAUCAAGAAAAUUUUCAAAGUAUUAAUGCAACUUCGAUGGAUAUGGCUGUCACGGCUCUUUGUGCAAACCAUGAGCUCGAAGCAGCUAUCCAACUUACGCUUUAUUUGGCCAAGCGUGAUUUCCCUGUCAAUUAUAUGCUAUAUCAGGAGAUAACGGACAGGCUAUGUUUCGAAAAUAAGCCUCUUCUUGCGCUCAAGUUUUUCCAAAAUUUUUACAAAGGCACACACACCAAGUCAACUGCAGAAUUUCUGAUGCCUAUAGCGGAAUCUCUUUACAAACAAUUUAAAUCAUCGACAGAAAUAGAGAAUAACCUGUCGACGUUUCUUAAGGAUGCUUCUAAACCCACUCAUGCUAUAAUUUCCAGACUAAUCAUGCUUUCUGCACUUUUUACCCAAGAUUUAGCACUUAUAUUACGCUAUUUUACAAAUUUACGUUCAAAGAGACUUUUGACUCUCGUUGACUACAAAAUUGUUUUCCAAUUGGCGUUUGAACUUCGUUCUCUUGAAUUAGCUGAUGCCAUAAGUAAAGAAGGUAAACACCUCAACCAGUCUGAUCAAUUCAAAUUACGAGAGAAUUAUAUUGCUUUACAAAUACUAGUCAGAAAAUACGCUGAAGCUAUUGGCAAUUUAGAACUCCUUCACAAAGAAGGAAGGCCUUUAUCAAAGCAGUUGUUACUGUUUGCUCUACAUUCUGUAAAAAAAAAUGGAACUGAAGAAGAUUUCAAAUUACUUCAGUCCAUAUUGAAACGACUAGGUUAUGAUUUUUUAUCGAAAAACCUGGAUACUCCUAAAGCUGUUGCUUAUCGUUGCUUAUAUUAUUAG